UGUAUAGUUCGUCCAUCUGAUCGCUAGAGGCAGUAUUUCAUGGACCGUACAUUUGGCUGAAUUUCGCGCAUAAGUAUCAGCCAUCUUCCCACUGGUCUCUUUUACAACACGGUCGUGGUUACAACUUACAAUACAAUACGACUCACCUAUUUCGAAAUAAGCUCCGAUAUGUAUACGAAAAUCUUAAGAACCGCAAAGAAUUGUAAAAAAACUGCUCCGGAAAUCUGUACAAACGUUUCAAAGAAAUUUAACUAUACGUCGUUUUCUCUAUCAUAAAGAAAUUAGUGUUUCCAUAACCAGUGUAGUUGAAAAUAAUCGACAGUUACGAAUUAAUGUACUAUGAACCGUUUGGAUGAUCCUCCGGGUCUCAUGAAAGGCAGAAAACCAUCUUUCAUUGGAAUGAACGGAGGCCCAGAAACAGACGAUCAACAACGCUUAAGAUUUCAAGUUGAAUUAGAGUUUGUUCAGUGUCUUGCAAAUCCAAAUUACUUAAAUUUUUUAGCACAACGUGGAUAUUUUAAGGAUGCAACAUUUAUAAAUUACCUUAAAUAUCUGUUAUACUGGAAGGAACCAGAAUAUGCAAAGUAUUUGAAAUAUCCUAUGUGUUUGUAUUUCUUAGAUUUAUUACAAUAUGAGCACUUUAGAAGAGAAGUAGUAAACUCUCAAUGUACAAAGUUUAUAGAUGAUCAGCAAAUUUUAUUAUGGCAACAUUAUACCAGACGUAGAACAAGACUGUUACAGACUGCAGCAGAGCAAACGCAACAUGCAAAUCCUCAGAAUAAUGAAUCUGAUUUUGGACGAACGAUGCUGAAACAUGAAUAGCUGUUCAUAAAUGUUUAUGACUCUUUAUGCUUCAAGACUGGAAAAAAAGGGAAAUUAUCGAAGACAAGGAUAGAAGAUGCGAAUUUUAAUGAUUUUAGUAAGUCCAUUCUCUGUAUUCAUUUAUAGAAUUUAAUUCAUCUUGAAACAUUGUACAUCUUUUACAUAAAGCUUUGUAUAAAUAAAA